AUGCAAAGACGCCCUCUCAAUGGCAGUCGCGGGCCUCCCAGUCGUCCUGCAGCCCCUAAAUUUCGACAUGAAUCUCUAUCCUACUACUGGGACACGAUCCCACCAACCCAGGACCAAUUGAUACACGCAUCAAAGUUCUUCAAUAAACAGGUUCCCAAGUUUCUAUGGUCAGCCGAAAAAUUUAAGGAGAUGGAUUAUGGGAACAGCCCGGAAGUCUGCUUUCUAGGACGAUCGAACGUGGGAAAAUCGUCUCUUCUGAACGCAUUACUGCUCAGAAGGUUAGCACAUACGAGCUCGAAACCAGGAAGGACAAGAUUGAUGAAUGCAUUUGCUGUUGGAGCUGAGGACGACCUCCUGAAGAGGUUGGUCGUUAUGGAUAUGCCAGGCUAUGGCAAAGGGGGUAGGGCAGAAUGGGGAGUCCAAAUUAUGAAAUAUUUGGAAAAGAGGAAAGAGUUGAAAAGGGCUUUCCUGCUCAUAGAUGCUGAGCAUAGCGUCAAACCUGCAGACCGACAAAUUAUCGAGCUCCUCAAGCAGAAAAACGUUCCAUUUCAGAUUGUGUUGGCGAAGGCGGACAAAAUUGUCUUUCCUGGAAGCAGGACACCAAGCCCUGGCGCCCUCGAAGCUAGAUUGACGGAACUGAGGGAGACAAUGAAUGCGGUGAAGGACAUAGUCCAACCAGAUACAGAAGAUGAUGGUGGAGCUGUUGGAGAAAUCAUUGCCUGCAGUUCUGAGAAAUGGAUUGAUGGUAAACGGAUGGGAAUUGACGCUGUCAGAUUUGCCAUGCUCAGAGCAGCUGGGUUGGAAUUCAGGCCGAGGAUUACGACUUCGAAGCCUGUAGAGAUAAUCUCUCAUGACGAAAUAUCUGUGAUGAAAAACCGCAGUCGAGGCUGA